AUGGCGGCUUCUGCUGUCCCCAAUCCCUACAAGCUCGGACUUAAUCAAGUGGGAUAUGCGACUUUGGUUGUCAGCAUUCUUUUCAUACUGGUAUCUACGAUCGCGGCUGUACUCCGUAUCUGGACGAGGAUAGUCAAGAGCGCUAAGUUUGGUAUUGAUGACUGGCUUCUCUUCGUCAGUGUCUUUCUUUUCUAUGCGUUUUGUGCCAAUAUUCUGGUCGGUGUUUAUACCCUCGGUGGCGGACAGGUAUACACCGACCUCGUCGUACUAUCCCGGAAGUCGCAACAGUAUCUGAAGAGCGAGUAUGCUAUCCCUCCAAUUUAUGCCACCAAUGUGACCACCGUCAAGCUUUCGAUUCUAUUCUUCUAUCGUCGCAUUUUCGAGACCCCAUGCUUUCUCAGAAACAACACUAUUGUCAUGGUAGUAUGUUGUAUUUGGUAUGUGGCGAACCUCAUCGGGGAUUUACUUUACUGCAUCCCCAUGGCUACAUUCUGGAAUCCAGCAGUUAAAGGGUCAUGUUUCAAUUUCUCCUUAUACUUUUUGAUCAUGGAGCUUUUUGAUAUGUUAUUAGAUAUCGCUAUCCUCUGUCUUCCCACAAAAAUGAUUCUUGGUCUUCACCUGCCGUUGAAAAAUAGGAUUGGGAUACUUGGUAUCUUCCUCUUGGGAGCAUUGGUUGUUAUUACUAGCGCUAUACGGAUUGGAUAUCUAUACAACCCAAGCGAGGUAGUGUUGUCACUUGCACGAGCAUCUUUAUGGUCCGUUAUCAAUUUAGGUGUAGCAAUCCUCUGUGCUUGCCUACCAACGUACAAACCUCUCUUCAGCAGAUUCUACACCAUAAGCUCUUCGCUCUGGAGUAGUUCGCUCUGGAGUAGACAUAACAGAAGCAGAAACACAGAUGAGAGUGCAAACAAGACUGCCGGUGAUGCGAAUUCUCAUCCUGCAGCUUACUAUUACAGAAUGGGGGAUAGUAAUGAGGAUAGCACUGGGGAUACGGUAUAUCACACUGGUGUUUCAACACAGAUACGAAGUAUUAGUGAGGGUCAGGUUAUACCUAUGGAUGGUGUAUUGGUUCAGCGGGAUGUUGAUAUGAAUCGUUCUAGUGCUGUUACUGGUGGAAACGAGAUAUCAAAAGUUUAA